CGCCGCUGCGCACAAAGACGGCGCAAUCACUCCGCGUUCACAAACAAGAUGGCCGCCUAGUUUGAAAGUAUUUCCCCCACCUGCGAGAUAAUACUCGUUGUUUACGUCUCCAGAGGGAUUUAUCUGCUUAUUCGCACUUGUUUGCGGCUUUUAUCCUCACAGAAAAAUAGCUCAUAGCGGAUACAGAAUGAAGUCGGACGUGGAGGAGUUAAUGCCGAGGCUGCUGCCCGUUGAGUUUGAAGCCAGCGCGGAGGACCUGGACCUGAACGGACCGCCGAGAAACCCCCGAGAGUAUCUCCGACAGGUCCAGUUGGAGGCGUCACUUUGUCCAGAGGUCGUGGUUGCUCAGAUUGACCCCAAGAAACUGAAGAAGAAACAAACAGUUAACGCCUCUGUGGCAGGCUGUCAUGCCGCUCCAGCGGGUUUCUCACCCAGCCUCAGCUGGCAGAAGCAACAAGUCAGCAAUUUCUCAGGUGUCAGACAGAGCAUCACAAAGAACAGGAAACACUGGAGCACCCAGACUCUGGAUGACAACGUGCUGAUGCCACAGUUGACAGACGAGGAGGGCUGGAAGAGAUUUUGUUUAGGAGAGACAGUCUAUCUGGGAACUCCGUCCUGCCAAACAGAUGCUGAACCAGCACUGGACUAUAGCAAGGUGGGCUUCCCUCCCUUCCUAAGCAUAGUCAGCAGACUGAACCAGUCCACUGUGCUGAUGGUGCUGGAAGUUCUGAUCAGUUGGUUUGAGGGCAACAAGUUUGUCCCUCAGUUGGGUUGCUGGUUGUAUUCUUUGUUGGCCUGCCUGGAGAAGCCUCUUCUGCCUGAAGCCCACUCCAGCAUCAGACAGCUGGCCAGGAGAUGUGCUCAGCUCCGGAGCACACUGGAGAGUCAGGAUGACGAGCAGCUACCUGCCCUCAACCUGCUCAUCUGCCUUGUUGCCAGAUACUUUGAGCAGAAUGAUCUUGCAGAUCAGCCAGAGUGAACAGUCGCAACCGAUAUCAACAAGAUGCCGAGGAGGAAUAUGUUGUCAACAGUCAACAAGAAACUUAUUGAAGAUGGAGGCUUCUCAGCAGCCGAGUUAAAUCAAAGGAAGGAAGUUUUCCAACAGUGCACACAACCAUGGCAGAGGCUCUGGUAGUUCUGCAUGUCAUGGUCAAAGUUGAAGACAGAACUGAAAGGACUGGAUCAUGAACUCAACCAAGUAACCAAAUAGUUUGGUGACUUGAAUGGACCUCUGCAUGAAGCCAAAGCAGCACCAUGCUGAAAAGUGCAACUUUUUCUUUUGCACUUUUUCCUUCAGUUUGUAGAUGUGUUGAAGGUUAUUUGUUCAAUAAAGUUAUCAUUUGUA